AUGGCAGAAACAAACGAAUACAUGAGUAUCGAUCCUCCAACGUAUGAGGUCGCGUCUCAGCCAGGCCAGGAACUGUGUCAACCCACCACCCUCAUCCUCGCGGCGCAAUCUAUCCAUGUAAUGACACCAGACUCACCACCUCUCUACCGCCUGAGCCUUGGAAUUGCAGACCUUACGGAUAUUACCACAGAAGUGGAAUUGUCGCGGAUCGAGUCAAGGAAAGACGGCUCAGAACGCGAACGUCACAUUUACGACCUGCUGCACAUGCGCUUGGGGCCGGGUGGCUACACAAGGCUGCCGUCUGACUCCCCAAAGUACCACAUCAAACGCCAAACCCGAGCUAUCCCUGGACUGCAGGACCUGGGCAUGAAGAAAAGCCACUCGCUCAAACCAGGAAAGAAGCGCUUCGCCGCGGUGCCCGUCGAUGUUUACGGGAAGACCAGCAAAGUCGGCAUCACCAAUUUUGUCAAGGGCGCAGAAGCCGUGUUCACCACGGAUGGGCAUGAAUGGGCAGACUCUCAGGGUAACUCUGUGGCUAUCAUGCACGACAAUGAAGACAAGCAGCAUAGUUUAGUUGUGACAGCAACCCUAACGCGCGCCCAAUUCCACAUGCUUGUGGCUUUGUGGUGCUGCCAUGUCUGGGAGUAUGGAUUGGCUCAUGCUGAGAAGGUGCAUCAGGGGAUUGACGGAGUAAGACGAAAGAUGGCAUUGGCCAAAGACUUCGGCUUUCGUGGAGGAUCAUCAAGCGUGCCUCUUACCCCGUUGUCGCCCGACUGGGAUGACGUGCGAAAGACAGAGCAACGCGUCUUUAAAGCUUCGCAUCCAUCCCCGCCCUCGACACCAGCCGCGAAAGAUCCCAUCGCCGAGGAGCCCAACCCCCGAGUUCUUCUUGCUCGAAGACUCUGGGACAAAACAUGGCUGAUUCACUUUGCUGCAGUCGUCUUCACAGGAGCUGUGGUUCAAUUUACUUUCCGGGAGUUCUACUGGUUCGACGAGGACAGCUGGGACAGCGCGUGGCUCUCGCAUAUCGCCAGGCAGGACGUCACCAUCAACGUCCUGCAAUUCGUCGCCAAAGUCCACGAAAUCCUUAUUGUCGCCUCUGUGUCUGCGAUGGUCAGCUCGGCUGAAUGGCUCUUUUCCAAGAACUAUAUAUGGGCCGCGAAGAAGCGACACUCGAACACCAGUUCAAGACACUACAUCUCUACCCGAAAGAACGUUGCUAUGGGCUUCGCUGCGCUAUGCAUCUGCGUCUACUGCAACACCGUCGGUCCCUCCUCUGCGAUUGCUGUAAUACCGGAGUUGAAUUGGUGGCAAGUCAAAGAUUCCCUCCACGACAGCAUUGGGGCUUCAUAUGUGAAAACCUCGCCUGAUGAAUUCUUUCUCCCGGCUCUGUCACAUGUGUUCUAUCCAUACAGGUGCACCUACGGGGUUUCUGACGUCAAAACCUGGUUUCCUCAAUCUGGUUACGACGAGCUACAGAUGUGGGCCGAAACCAUCGCCGGUGGAGGCCCAUCCUCGCCCAUGGAUAUCACCCAGGCAGACAGCGGAGUGCGACGUCAAGUCUCUUCGUCAACCAUGGGGCGAGAUAAAAAAGACAAGACUGCGAAGGACAAUGUUUGCCUUCUGGCUGUCGCCACCACCCCUCACUCUUUAUUGACGGAGCUAUCCGGUGCCUUCUGGACCUACGUUAACGCACAUGAGAUCUCUGGCGUUAACAAAAUCGGACGCCCACAGCUUUACCCCGAAGAAGACGUUUUUUCGCCGUUGGUUCAGGUUCAAUGCAAAAUCUUUGCAUACACGGACAUCCAAAAAGCUAUUCGUGGCGAUGACGCCCUCAGGCCUUAUUUUGACACCAGCGAGAUGCGUAACUUCACAGCUCUGGCUAAACGGGAGCCUGGCUGGUAUUAA